AUAGGGUGUCAUUCAUAUUUUUCUUCAUAGUCGAACACAACAAACAAAUUCUUUCCAAAAUAGAGAAACUGUAUUAGAAACUAUUCCAUGGUAUACCCAGGCGAAUAAGACAUAGUACGUUAGAAUGUAUCCGUAUGGUAUGGCAAAUCAUGUGACAAGUCGGGAGGAUAUUAUUGGACUGGACUGGAGGAACUCAUCCUCAUAUACGAGGCCGAGGGACUGUGAAAUUGUUGUGCCGCCAAUAGACAUGUCCUAUGUAGGCGAGACGAACAACGAGAAAUCCAAUCAUCCGGCCCUUGGCAAAAUCAAAAGCCCCAAGAUAGUGAACAAAGCAAAAAAGUCGCACAAGCUAGAGGUCAACGAGAAAGUUGUGAAGAAAGACAAGAAGAAGGUCAAUCCAUGAAACUGAGCACUAAACUACCCAAGGUUGCUCUGGUCAAGGUCACGCCAAGGGUACUGGCCAGACAGUCCGCCGAACUUGAACUACAUGGGCCAGCUAACACUCGACAAAUUGCGGAUUAUCUAUUAGACAAUCGACUAACUGUGAACAAUGGCAGCCUGCAGCUGGCGGCACCCAUGGAGGAACCCACCGGCGAGUGCCAUUGCGCCGAUAGACUCGGGCUCUUGGCUCGGCUGAUAACAUCGCGACACGAUCCGAUAUAUUCCGGUAGAAUGUCACCCACCUUGAAGUAUCUGAGCGAUAUUAUGCAAGAGCUGUUGUCCGUUCUGAGUCUAUUAUUUGUGAUGGGCUUGCUUUUGGCCUGUUAUCUGUGCACUAAGCCACGGGAACUCUCGUUCCUGCAGCGGCUGAUGCGAAAACUAUCUGUAUUGUUUGCAACCGAUUCCUGUUACGAUUGUGGUUUAUGUUAGGAAUUCCUCUUAAUUUUGAUCAACCAAUUAAAAAUUCGAAAAGAAA